UUCGUUUUGCCGUGGUUAUGUUGACGCCAUGAAUCGGGGGUGAUUGGGGUGAUGGCGAGAGGUAUAAAAGGUAUACGUGCAAUACGUGUCACAUCGAACUGACUGUGCUUGCCACGCGUGUAUAUGCGAGAAAUCUUUAAACUUAAUUUCCUGUCUUGUAACAUUUUGCAUCAAGAUCGAUAAACAUGACGGCGUUGACGGUGCUAUAUAAAUUUGGAUCGGAGUACACGAAAAAUACACCCAAGAAACUGAAAAUUAUCGAUUCGUACUUAUUGUACGUAUUUCUAACGGGUGUUAUCCAGUUCGUGUAUUGUUGUCUCGUCGGCACCUUUCCCUUCAAUAGUUUCCUCAGUGGUUUCAUAUCCUGUGUAUCUUGCUUCAUUCUAGGAGUUUGUCUUCGAUUACAAGUUAAUCCACAAAAUAGAAGUCAAUUUCACGGUAUAAGCCCGGAAAGAGGAUUUGCAGACUUCAUUUUUGCACAUAUUAUUUUACACAUUGUUAUAAUGAAUUUCAUUGGAUAAGAUGUGCACCUGCAAUAUAUAAUAAGUCAACUAUGUCUUUUGCAAUGUCGCAAACUGCAUUUAUUUUCAAAAAUAAAUUGUAUCUGAUGUAUGUUUUUCUAUUGUUACUUUCUAAUUUCCAUUUGAAUAUCUUGUAAUUGAUUAAUAUAAUUUAUAAAAAUAA